AUGGACGAGUUGACGGGUCUGCCGCUCGCGUUCGGCAAGAAGGCGCCUCCGAAGAAGGCAGAUACGAGCCGCAUCGAUACCACAAAGCGCGCAGAUGCCCCCGUACAGCCUAUCGCAAAGCAGAUUGCCGCGGUCGACUCUGAGGCGGAAGAUGCGACGCCUCUACGGGAGAAUCCAGCAGUGGAGGUAGAAGACGGCGCAGAGGCGGGCGAAGCAAGUGGGGUUGGCGGAGAAGGACGCGAUGAGCUGCCAGUCACGCACGAGGUCGUCAUGAAGGACCACACCAAGACUGUCUCCGCUCUCUCUGUCGACCCAGCUGGCGCGCGAGUCGUCUCCGGCUCGUACGACUACGACUGCAAGCUGUGGGACUUUGGCGGGAUGAACGCAAGCUUCAAGCCAUUCCGGACCUUCGAGUGUCGACCAGGACACCAGGCGAGUCUUCUUCGUUCGACCCAGGUCAAGCUGUACGACCGCGACGGCGCCGAGAUUUGCGAGUUCAACAAGGGCGACAUGUACAUCCGCGACCUGCGCAAUACUGACGGUCACGUCGCAGCGGUCACUGCCGUCGCCUGGCACCCGAAGAACCACUCGCUCUUCCUCACCGCCUCAUCCGACAGCACGCUCCGCAUCUGGGACCGCGAGAACAGGCGGAAAAGCAAGUCGGUCAUUGUGGUCAAGAGCAAGGAGCGGGGCGGGAAGACCAAGGUGACGGCUUGCGCUUGGAGUCCGGACGGGAAGACGAUUGCGGCGGCGUGUGACGACGGCGCUAUUCACCUUUGGGCGGCGAGCAGCAACUUCACGCGGCCGAACUCGACAUGCGAAGGCGCGCACGAAAAGGGCACGAUCACCAGCUCCAUCGUCUUCUCGCCAGACGGCAAGCACCUCGCUACUCGCGGUGGUGACGGAACGCUCAAGCUCUGGAACCCGAAGGCCCUCAAGAAGCCUCUCGCAGUUGCGACCUCCCUUCCCUCGCUCAAUUCGGAGACGAACGCCGUCUUCUCCCCCGACAGUCGAUACGUCCUGACAGGAACAGCGGGAGCGCGUGCGGGUGUACUGGCCGGGGGCGUCGAGGAGGAGCGGGCAAAAGAGCUUGAGAAGGAGGGAGGAAUGGGCGCAGGACGAGUCAUGGUGUUCGCAACGGAUGGCUUGCAGCUCGUUCGCGCGAUUGACAUCUCGCCAUUCUCGGUCGUACGGGUUCUCUGGCAUCCUCGGAUCAACCAGAUCCUGACGGGCUCGGCCGAUGGGUCCAUUCACGUUCUUUACUCGCCUGCCACGGCUGUCAAGGGCGUCACUCUCGCCGUCACGCGUGCGCCCAAGGCUCGCGCAGCAGACGACUUUGCUUCUGCUGCCGAUCUUGACCGACCGAUCAUCGCGCCGCACUCGCUGCCGAUGUUCAAGGAGGACGGAGGUAUGGGAACGAGCGCGGGCGGAAGGGGCGGCAAGCGGAAGAGGGAGAAGGAGCGGCACGACCCGCAGAAGACGCUCAAACCGAUGCCGCCUGUCGUCGGACCGGGUCGCGGCGGACGGAUCGGUGCUGCUGCUACGCAGCAUGUCGUACAGGGACUCGUGCGCAACUCGAUGCGCGACCAAGAUCCGCGUGAGGCGCUGCUCAAGUACGCAUCGGCGGAUCCGAAUGACAACACCUGGACCAAGGCCUGGGCGGCAACACAGCCGAAGCCUGUCUUUGACACACGGCCAGAUCCGGAGGAGGAGGAGGAGGAUGGAAAGGGGCGGUGA